AUGAAUUCUGAUAGUAUAAAUAGAUUGUACAAUUGCACUGCAAAAAUACUCGAUCAAAAUAUAUCGAUAUUACAAGAAUUAAAUCGUAGUCAAUUGUUAUCAGUUCUCGAUCAAGUGUUGGUUAAUUCGGAAAAACGUGAAUUAGUACGAGAAAAUUUAACCGAGUGUUUAUUUAUUGGGCAAGAACGUCCCUUCGAUUUACCAUGGUGGCAAAAAUUGUCAUGGUCAUGUGUCUUUGCCAUCAUACUUGUUGUUGCGACCGGUGGAAAUAUAAUCGUCAUGUGGAUUGUACUAGCGCAUAGAAGAAUGCGGACUGUGACGAAUUAUCUGCUUGUAAAUUUAUCAAUUGCGGAUUUGAUGAUGUCACUAUUAAACUGCGGAUUCAAUUUCAUUUUUAUGCUCAACUCAAAUUGGCCAUUUGGCGUUAUUUACUGUACGGUCAAUAAUUUUGUGGCAAAUGUGACAGUUGCCUCGAGCACAUUCACUCUAGUUGUCAUAUCUUUUGACAGAUAUAUGGCUAUUAUGAGACCGCUGCAGCAUCAUAUGUCACGUAAACGUACGACAGUCGCGCUAGUUUUAAUAUGGUUAGCUUCAACAUUACUUGCGAUGCCAUGUUUACUUUACUCAACCACCAUGACUAGAAGAUAUUCCAAUGGCAAAUCACGAAUAGUUUGCUACAUGUUAUGGCCAGAUGGAGAUUACCUUAAUAGCAAAAGUGAAUAUAUAUACAAUUUAGUGUUUCUUAGUGUGACAUAUUUAAUACCAAUGAUUGUAAUGGCAAUUUGUUAUUCGUUAAUGGGACGUGAACUGUGGGGCAUUAAAUCGAUUGGUGAACAUACGCAACAUCAAAAAUAUUCAAUGAAAUCAAAGCGAAAGGUCGUAAAAAUGUUCAUAAUUGUCGUGACAAUAUUUGCAGUAUGUUGGCUACCUUAUCAUGGAUUUUUUAUAUUUCUAUACCACUAUCAAAGUAUAAUGGGCAGUAGUUAUGUACAACAUGUAUAUUUAAGCUUUUACUGGCUUGCCAUGUCGAACGCGAUGGUUAAUCCAAUCAUUUAUUACUGGAUGAACAACAGGUUUCGAGUCUACUUUCAACAAAUUAUUUGUAGUUGCUGCUGUUUAAUCGGCCGUUCAGAUUCGGAAAACUGUCAAACCCAAGAAAUGACAAGACUAAGACAUUCUGAUACCAUGCGCUCACAGUCAGGUCGAUUCAAAUCAAUGUCGAUACGUUGGCGGCACAGCACCGCUGAGAGCCAUGUCCAGACCUUCAGAAUGAACUCACGGUCAAUAUGUGACAAGAACCAUAUACACCAAGGAACAACUAAUAUCUGAGUGCUCCAAUCUGCUCACUAGCAGACCAUUGGGCUUUUAAACUUCAGUUUAACCUUUAUCUCGCACCAUUUUUUUUAAUCAACUUUUCAUUUCCAUCCCCCUGAGCUCCAACCCUUGAACUCGCCAUGCCCAUUCAGAACUCAAACUAUU